AUGGAUCGCCCGCCACAUCUUGACAUCGACCUCAACGAGCCGCCACCGCCGUCGCCCCCGCAUGAGUUCGCUGCCCCCGUUGCUCCUCCUCCUCCGCCGCUGCCACCCGCUAACUCGCCACCUUUUGCUCCUCCGCUGCCGCCGCCACGGCCACCCAAGCUCCCGCCUCCCGCCAACGUGCAGACUCAGCUGCUGCUCGCGCACCAAGCCGGCGACAUACCGCUGGCGUACCACCGUGAGGAACUGUGGUGGAGGUCGGCCAUUGCGGGCGCGACGGCAGGUUCGUCGGCGGAGGGGCUACCUCCAGCGCCGGUGCAGCACCCGGGAGUAGCGGGGUGGGGCGGGAACCAGUGCGCGUCCUGCGGCCUCCCCGAGCUGCCGGGAUCCACCGUCAUCUGCGACGCGUGCGAACGUGGGUUCCACCAAGCCUGCGUCCACGUCGCGCGGCGGCCUCCGGUGGGCGUGAACGAGGGGUGGAUGUGCCCGGAGUGUGCGACAGGACCCGUGCCGCUCGACAUCACCAGGCAGUUAUGGUAUAUGCACCCUUUCACGGCAAUGAGCACAUCUAGAUGUGUCCUAAGUGAUCAUGCACUUGCUAUCAACAUAGCAUAUGAAUCUGAGAGGAUAAGAAUAACUGUUGAAAGCAUAGUAAGUGUUGCUGAUGGAGCUCAUUUGACUGAAUUGGCUACUUCACAUUUUGAGGGGCUGAUGUUGAAUAAUACAACUCCUUUUGGUAAGGAUGUUAGAGCAAUCAUAUAUGGGAAUCACUUUAUGCCAGCAUUUACUCAACAAUUUCCUCCUGUGGAUCAAAGUUUCAUUGCUGAUGGAAGCAUAGACCAGAGGUCAAAUCAUACACGCGGCAGGAGAAGAGAUUUUCCACAAACAUCAGCAUUGCCCAAGUUUUCUGAGAAGCACGAGUUUGGAAGUUCCAGCACUAAGGAGCCAUCAUUCUUUAUGAAAGCAACAGACCCGAGUCGUAAAGAAGAAAGAAAUCCACCAAAGCCUCCAAAAUUUCUUGCGGAAAAUUGCAACCGUCAAGCACAUCAUGGCAGUGUUGGCCUACCUGUUCAAUAUCAAGAUUUCUUCAUAACUAACUUGGGAGAAAUCGAUAAACAUGCAAGCUACCACAAUUGCCACCAGAUAUGGCCGGUGGGUUUUACAUCUUACUGGCAUGAUAGAGUCACUGGUUCACUGUUUGAGUGUGAGGUGUGUGAUGGAGGGAGUUUUGCGCCUUUGUUUAAGGUCAGAAGGUUACCAUGUUCAGUGUUCCCCCUUCCAGAAGCCUUGACCAUUCUCUCUCAGAAUGAUGCAAGAAAGGCCGCUGAAACAAAGGAAAGUAGCAGUUUUAUUGGAGAUACUGCUAAUGAUAUGGAUGAUGAUCUUUAUAUGAUGAUGGAUAUUCCCUCUGAGACCAACCAAGAUUUCCUAUCAUGUCUUACCAAUGAUACGGAGGAUAAAAGGACUUCUUUGGAUUGCAAUGAUGUACAGAGUUCAAAUAUGAUGUCGCAAAUACUACCUUCAAAUUUUGAGAAUGUUCCACCAAGUAAAGAAGCCAAUAUUAAUGACCAAAUUGGUGAGUUUACAUUUGAGGGAACAUCAUCCUCUUCAGUAUGGGAGAUGAUUUCUUCUGCUAUGGUGGAAGCAUGCGAAAAAAUGUACACGGAACAUGGGCAUCUGGUAUUCUCAUGCACACACAACAGCGAAAAUCAUUUGUUAAACAAGGGGAGUGGAUGUCAGAACUUUGAUGGUCCUUACGCUCCCUUAACUAGAUUUUGCUCAUCCAAUGGCCCCAGUAUUCAACGAGUUACAGAAAAGAAGAAUGAUGUGGAAGCUACUUAUACAUUACUGAAGCAUUGGCUAUACCAUGAUAGAAUUGGGCUUGAUUUGGAAUUUGUUCAAGAAAUUGUGGAGUCUCUUCCUAGAUCCACAUCUUGCGUAAACUACCAGUUCUUGUGCAAUAGGGCAGAAUUUCAUUCUUCUGUAACAGUUGCAAGUGGUUUACUUUUAUCUGUGCAUAAAGAUGGUCAAAGUAAUGUAGAUACGCCAUAUGGUAGACAUGUUGGGGUGACUGGGCUACACGAUCUUGCUCAGCCCAGCGGUUCUAGCAUCUGCAAGCUACCUCCAGGACGUCCUAUUAGCCAUAAGCUUCAACCAGAAUCGGCGGCAGAUGUUCUCCAGAUAUGGGAGUUCUUGGGGCGCUUUGCUGAAAUCAUUGAUCUCGAAGAAGUGCCUUCAUAUGAACAAUUAGAAGAUGAACUUGCUGAACCGUGGCCAAUUUGUGCAAGUCAGAAAGAAACAUUGUCAAAGGGCAUUCAGGAAUGUAGGGACUACUCUUCACCAAUGAAUUCCCCUGCAAAUUCUUCUAUACCACAUUCAAAUAGUGAAUCUGGUCUCUCCAAUAACGAAGAGAUUGUGUCUGUAUUUAUUCCUGUUGAAACUUCCUCUAUGAAGGAAGCGCGUCUAGAUAAAUUGGCAGCCCAGACACUUGGGAGGUGCACUGGUACAGUAUUGCCCAGGGUUCAUCUUGCACUCAUUAAGGUUCUUUUUGGCGAGGUAUUAUCAAAGCUCAACAUUGACCCCAAAGAAUCAAAACCCAGGCGUGGAAGAAAGAAGGACACUGAGAGCCUUGUUUCAACAAAGGAAUUUAACUUUGAUAUGCUGACUGCGAACAAGUUGACUUGGCCAGAGUUGACUAGAAGGUAUAUGUUAGCUAUUUCAUCCAUAAAUGGAUGCAUGGAUGUGUCUGAUAUUUCCAGUCGAGAAGGGGUGAAGUUAUUCCGCUGCCUACACGGUGAUGGUGGCAUACUGUGCGGAGCAGUACCUGGGGUUGCCGGCAUGGAGAAGGAUGCCCUGCUGCUUCUGGAGGCGGAGAAUUUGAUAUGCAGUUCUCUAUCAAGUGAAGGAAACAAGGUUUUUAUGAUGGAUUACAAGUAUUCUGCUGAGGUGCCUAUUGCUGAUAAUAGAACAUUGCCAGAUUGGGCAAAAGUACUAGAGCCUGUGAGAAAAUUACCAACAAAUGUGGGAACGAGAAUUAGAAAUUGUGUUUAUGAAGCUUUGGACCGAAAACCACCAGAAUGGGCAAGGAAAGUUUUGGAACAUUCGAUAAGUAAAGAGGUCUACAAGGCUAAUGCAUCUGGACGAACCAAGGUUAGUAAUGCUCCUGCAGGCUGCAGUCAUUGUAUUCUUGCUGUUCCAGACUGCGUUUAA